AUGCGCGGAGUCAGGGUGCUUGCUUCUUGGGCUCCAGGGGUUACUGCAGGGCAACUCGCUCGGCAGAGAGCAGGAGUCUUAAAAAAUCUUUACCCUGGUACUCAAGCCCCUGCAUUCGCGUUUGGUUCUCAUAGUAACCAGUGUCGCCCGUUUUCUAUCGUCUCCGGUGUGCGCAACAGUUGCAACAAUCGCAGUGUCUCGACUUUGCUUUACAACGAUGCCAGAUUCAUACGAUCAUUUCAAAACAUACGGCUUUAUACCUCCACUCCGCGUCUACUAGAGGACAAAGCGACGAACGCUACGCAAAGGGGUCAGAAGAACUCCCAGGACAAGGAAGAUGAGGAAGUCGAUAAGGGCUUUGAAUUAUCGGAAAGGGCAGCCCAGGCAGCUCAGGUCAACUUUCGGGCAAAGCUAGCCAAGGAUGGAGCGUCCGGAAAAAAGUCCGGUUUUCGAGAGAUCUGGAGACUUCUGUCCAUUGCGCGACCAGAGGCCAGGAAGCUUGGAUUGGCAUUUAUGUUUCUGCUGAUUUCUUCGUCCAUCACCAUGUCGAUUCCGUUCUCUAUUGGUAAAAUCAUGGAUGCGGCAACGAAAUCGACAAGUGAGGGCGGGGAUGAGCUUUUCGGACUAAGCAUUCCAAUGUUCUAUGGCGCACUAGCUGGGAUCCUUACACUGGGAGCUGCGGCGAACUAUGGACGUAUCAUUAUUUUGCGCAUCGUUGGAGAACGCAUUGUUGCCAGACUUCGGUCGAAGCUUUUCCGUCAGACCUUUAUACAGGAUGCGGAGUUCUUUGAUGCCAAUCGAGUUGGUGACUUGAUCUCUCGUCUGAGCUCAGAUACCAUCAUCGUUGGCAAAAGUAUUACGCAGAACUUGUCGGAUGGUCUGAGGGCGGGAGUCAGUGGUGCUGCAGGGUUCGGUUUGAUGGCAUACGUCAGCCUUAAACUGUCCAGCAUCUUGGCUCUACUACUCCCUCCAAUAGGCCUCGGUGCUUUUUUCUACGGCAGAGCUAUCAGAAAUCUAAGUCGCCAGAUCCAGAGAAACUUGGGAAGUCUGACCAAAAUUGCUGAGGAGCGUCUAGGAAAUGUGAAAACUAGCCAGUCAUUUGCAGGGGAAGUCAUCGAGGUUAACCGUUAUAACAACCAAGUCCGCAAAAUUUUUGAUCUUGGAAAGAAGGAAUCUGUGAUCAGCGCGACCUUCUUUAGCUCUACCGGGUUUAUGGGUAACAUGACGAUAUUGGCCCUCCUUUACGUUGGCGGGGGAAUGGUUCGGACCGGUGCUAUAAGCAUUGGAGAAUUGACAUCAUUUUUGAUGUACACUGCCUAUGCAGGCUCCAGCAUGUUCGGCCUGUCCAGCUUCUAUUCCGAAUUAAUGAAAGGAGUUGGAGCAGCCAGCCGGCUUUUCGAGUUACAAGACCGUGAACCGACGAUCUCUCCCACAAAGGGUACAAAAGUUGAAUCUGCACGUGGUCCUAUUAGAUUCGAGAAUGUGUCCUUCAGCUAUCCCACACGGCCGGCGGUUCCCAUUUUCAAAGAUCUGGAUUUUGAAAUCCCGCAGGGAACCAAUGUUGCCAUUGUUGGGCCUUCAGGGGGAGGCAAAUCGACUAUUGCUUCCAUUCUACUCCGCUUCUAUAAUCCUACAGAGGGCAAGGUUUUGAUUGACGGGAAAGAUAUCGGUGCCAUGAAUGCCAAGUCUCUCCGGAGAAAGAUUGGUGUGGUCUCGCAGGAGCCGGUCCUUUUCUCGGGAACAAUUGCCGAAAAUAUAUCUUAUGGGAGCCCGCGGGCAACCAGGUCGGAGAUCGUUGCAGCCGCCCGGAAAGCGAACUGCCAAUUCAUCAGUGACUUCCCGGAUGGUCUCGACACCCAAGUGGGACCUCGAGGUGCUCAACUCUCCGGUGGGCAGAAGCAGCGCAUUGCCAUUGCCCGUGCUCUGAUUAAGGACCCUGAUAUUUUGAUCCUCGAUGAAGCAACUUCCGCACUUGACGCGGAGUCAGAGACUCUAGUCAAUAGCGCUCUUGCCGCCCUUCUUCGUGGGAAUAACACGACCAUCAGUAUCGCCCAUCGACUCUCCACCAUUAAACGAUCCGAUACCAUCAUUGUCCUUGGUCCUGACGGAAAGGUGGCCGAGCACGGCUCCUAUGAAGAAUUGAGUUCUCGUCCCGACGGUGCUUUUACGAAAUUAAUGGAGUGGCAAAUGAGUGGUGGUGAAGCGUCGCAACCGCCGCAGAGUACUCCUAUCAGUCCAGUGACAGCAGAGAAACUGUGGGACCUACAGAAGGACGAGGAGGUAGAUAUAGAUGAAACCAGCGAGAAUCUACAGAAGAGCGCAUAA